UUUCGAUAUAGGUUUAUAAGUGAGUGAAGAAUCAAUAAUUUUGCAAUAAUAUGUGGUUCUUUAGAAGAAUAAUAGCUGCUAGUAUUGUCACAGCUUGUAUUGUAUUGGCAAUAUGUACAACAAAAAUUUCGGCAUUGUGUUCGAAUUCUACGGAACUUUUAGCUAACAUUUCCGAAUUGGUUAGUCAGUCGGCCACUUAUCAAACUUAUGUAAAUAAUAAUAAACAUUUUACCGGCUUGAAUAAAACUAAGAAACCAAUUGAUUUUGGAGAGUUUGAUUAUAUUAUAGUAGGUUGCGGUACAGCAGGAGGUGUCUUAGCCAAUCGGCUCACUGAAGAUAAAAACAUCGAAGUACUCUGCAUUGAAGCAGGUGAGGCAACUCCUGUACUAACUGCAAUUUUAGGCCUCAGCACAUUUUUCUUUACUACUCCUUUGAAUUGGGGAUAUAAUACUACUUCGCAAACAAACGCUUGUUUAGCUCAUAAAUAUCAACAAUGUCCAUAUCCGAGAGGAAAAGUGGUGGGCGGAUCCAGCACCAUUAACGCAGGAGUUUAUGCUAGAGGAAACAAAGAAGACUACAAUCACUGGGCAUCACUUGGCAACCCGGGUUGGACAUACGAAGAAUUGUUGCCUUAUUUCAAGAAAUCAGAAUCUGCCAAAUUUAAGGUAGACAUAGAGCCUCAAUACCAUGGUUUCAAUGGACCCCAGAAAAUUUCUGUAGCUGAAGACACUCCUGAAUUGACACAAUUAUUCCUAGAUGCAGCCAAAGAGCUUGGUGCCAUAGAACUAGAUUACAAUGGUGAUAAUCAAUAUGGUACCAGCAGAAUCCAAGCAUAUCUUAAUGAAAAUAUUCGUUCUGGUACCUCACAAGCUUACAUUAGUCCAGCACUAGAUCGACUCAAUCUCCACUUGCAACUAAAUUGUCUAGUCACAAAAAUAAUAACUAAAAGUUCUAGAGCUGUUGGGAUAAGGUUUACAAUGAAUGAUAAAUUAUAUUUUGCUAAGGCUACGAAGGAAGUUAUAGUUUCAGCUGGGGCUAUAAAUACGCCACAGCUAUUGAUGCUUUCUGGUAUUGGUCCUAGAGAGGAAUUAAAGAAACAUGGUAUUGAACCCAUUGCAAUUUUGCCAGUAGGUCAAUACUUACAGGAUCAUCCAUUGUUCCCUGGAAUGUUUUAUAGAACCAAUCAAAUCUAUUAUAACACAUCUUUUGAACAACAAGUGAAUGAUUAUUGUGAAAAUAAGCGACCGCUUACAGCAGGAUGGGGAGACCAAUGUAUUACUUACAUUAGCCUUGAAAACAAUCCUCAAAAACGACCAGAUAUCGAGUUAGUGACUGUUGGACCACCGGCGUUAACACCAGCUUGGGGAGCUGUUUUACAAUAUAAUGAAAAAUAUGCAGCAGCUUUCAAAAUUCUAAAUCCGUUAACUGAUUUUUUGAACGCUCUCGUGCUACUCCAUCCGGAAUCUCGUGGCGAAGUGACACUCAAAUCGAAGGACCCUUUUGAUUUUCCUCAAAUAAAUCCAAACUUUUACUCUGAUGAACGUGAUAUGGAUCUUAUGUAUAGAGGAAUCGAGAGGGCAUUGUCAUUAAUGCAUACGAAGGCUUAUAAGAAUUUUGAAGCUGAAUGGCUACGUAUAGCCAUGCCUGGCUGUGACGAGAAAUUUAAGUCUUUUUCAAAAAAAUGGUGGAUUUGUGCAAUUGGGCAUUUGUCUGUAUCUUGCUUCCACCCUAUUGGUACAGCCAGAAUGGGCCCAAGUCCAAACAUAUCUGUAGUUGAUCAUGAACUUAAAGUUCAUGGUAUCGGUGCUUUGAGAGUUGUUGAUGCCAGCGUAAUGCCAUCUCAUAUAUCUGGACAUCCAAAUGCUGCUGUUGUUAUGAUUGCUGAAAAAGCAUCAGACUUAAUUAAAAUGGAGAAUCUCAAUCGUAAGCCUGAUUACAGUUGAAAAUAAUUGGUUUGUUAUAGAAGGAGUUAUUUUGUUUGGAUUCGUAUUAAAAUAAAUCAAAUAUGUCUUUUUUCCAUGAGUAUUGAAUAAUAUGCGUGAUAUACAUCCAUUUAUUAUUGAUCAUUGUGACAGUGGCGUAACUUCAAAUCCGGGGCCCUCCCGCAAGGAUUUUCCUGGGGCCCAUCUUUUAUAUACAGUGUGUCCGUAAAGUAACGGAUAAAUUCAUUAUUUUGAAAACGGUAGAAUUUUUGAAAAAUCGCUCAGACACGUCAAUUCUGUUUUUUUGUUUGAAAUUUUUUGAAAUAUUUUUUAUUAUACAGGGUGUCUCAAAAAUAGCUCCGCUGCUAUCAACUUUGUUUUUUCAAAUGGAUCACCCUGUAUAUUAUGACAUU